AUUAAUAUAAUUAACAAAAAAAAAAAAAAUUGUAGUUUGAUUUUCUCUCUCUUUUUCUCUCUCUCUCUCUCCUUUUUUUUUUUUUUUUAUUUGAUGAUUUUCUUUCAUUAUUCAAAUUGGCAACGACAAAUUUAAGAACCAAAAACUGAAACAAUAACAAAUAAACAAAAUCAACAACAAGAAGCUGAAGGCUGAAGCAGCGCCGCACACAAGGAGCAGCAAAACCGAACCCAACAGUUUUUUCUUUUUUCUGCUUUAAUUUGAUCAUUCAAGAGGAAAUUCAGAUUCUUAAAGGGGUUUAGGGUUGUGUUUUAAGGGGUUUCUUUCUUUGUUGUUCUUCGUUUGGAUUGUUGAUUUUUGGGAAUUUGAUGGUGCAGUUUGCUGAAUUUUGGAAGUGGGUUUGAUUCGAAUUUUCUUUUUGGAUUGGAUUAUUGGAGGGGAUAGAUGUUGAGAAAUUAGCAGAAGGGGAUUUCGGAAUUUGACUUAUGGAUAAGCUGUGCUGUUUUCAUGCUUCAUAUUCUGGGAUUAGAUCUGCGUUGAAUUACGGUAAAGGAAGGAGCCAUGAGGGGAUAAUCAAGUAUGGGUUCUGCCUGGUUAAAGGGAAAGCUAAUCAUCCCAUGGAAGAUUACCAUGUUGCUAAGUUUGUUCAGUUUCAAGAACAUGAAUUGGGGCUCUUUGCUAUUUAUGAUGGCCAUUUAGGAGAAAGUGUUCCUGCCUAUUUACAAAAGCAUUUGUUUUCUAAUAUCUUGAAAGAGGAAGAGUUUUGGGUUGAUCCCAACAGCUCCAUCUCAAAAGCAUAUGAGAAGACGGAUCAGGCGAUUCUGUCCCACAGCUCAGACUUGGGUCGUGGUGGAUCAACUGCUGUUACUGCUAUUUUGAUUAAUGGUCAAAGGCUAUGGGUGGCCAAUGUUGGAGAUUCACGUGCAGUUCUUUCUAGAGGGGGUGAAGCUGUACAGAUGACCAUCGAUCAUGAGCCGAAUACAAAUACGGAACGACGAACCAUUGAGAAUAAAGGUGGCUUUGUUUCAAACAUGCCAGGAGACGUACCUCGAGUAAACGGCCAGUUAGCAGUUUCACGAGCAUUUGGAGACAAGAGUCUAAAAUCUCACUUGCGAUCUGAUCCUGAUAUACGUGAUAUUAAUGUAGAUGCCAACACGGACAUAUUAAUUCUUGCCAGCGAUGGUCUAUGGAAGGUCAUGGCCAACCAAGAAGCAGUCGAUAUAGCACGAAGAAUUAAAGACCCGCUGAAGGCUGCUAAGCAGUUAAUAACUGAGGCUUUGGAGAAAGAGAGUAAAGAUGACAUUUCAUGCAUUGUGGUUAGAUUUAGGUGAUUUUAGCCUCUAAAUUUUUUUUCCUCCCCUCCAGAUUCAGUAUAUAACCCCCAAAUAAAGAUUUUCCUUUUAUGCAAUGGAAAUUUAAGUAUUAGGCCAACAAAGUAUAUACACACGUUUCGGGUAAUCCCUUGCGAAGGCUACGAUAUUUGUAGCCUGAAAAAAAGAAAAAAAAAAGAGUGACGAAUACCGUAUGUGUAAAUUUGAUUAGGCUGAUUAUGUUUAUAUUUUUUGAUAUGUUUUUUUUCUCUUUUUUUACUGAAGUUGACUUUGGAGUUUUGGUGUAUAAUAUGAUCUUAUUAUAUGUAAGGACUACGAAACCUUGUAGUCCAAGGAUAUGCCUUCAUGUUUGGUUUAA